AUGACAUCAAGAGUGACACUGGCCCCGGGUAAGGAGAUACCCAGCACAUUUACAUCCCUGCACCUGCCCUGCUGCCCAGAGCAGCGGCACAAAAAUCCCCAGCAGCAUCAGCAGCAGAAGAAGCUCUAUAAAGCUCCUCUUGCCAUCCCUGACACUCCACCAACAGCAGCCACUGACCUGCCUCAGGCUCUGCUGCCACAGCACCCUUGGCCAGCACAGCUCUGCUCCCCAGCUCACACCAUUGAAGCUUGUCACCCUCCACAGCAAUUCAAUGUCACUUCAUAUGGAACCAUAACUGUGGCCAUCAUCACCCUGGAGGCAUUUCCUAACAUGUGGAUAAAUGCCUUCCUUGUUUUUGUGCUUUGCAUUGCCUGGGUGAAAAAGAAAACCUUGAACUCUAAUGAGAAGAUCUUGCUGCUGGUGGGUUGCUCCAGGUUUUGCUAUUUGUGCUUCUCAUGGGUAUAUAAAUUUCUUUCCUUUAUUUAUCCCAAUUACCUUUAUGUUCCCACCAUACUUCAACUAGCUGUAUUUUUUCAAGCCUUUUUUAAUCAUUGCAACUUGUGGUUUUCUGCUUCUCUUUGUGGUUUCUACUGCAUAAAAAUUGCCAAUUUCAGCUACAGGUCCUUCAUCCACCUGAAAGUAAAAAUUGACAGGAUUGUGCCCUUGCUCUUGUUGGGAUCAGGGAUUUUAGCCUUGGUUAUUGGCAUCGUUGCCUAUGACAUCGCUGACAAACCGCACUGCAACAACAAUUCCACUGGACGAGGAAAUUUUGGGACAGCAAAUAUCAAAAUGGAUAAACAUUUUUUCCCUUCUUUUUUUCUUGCUGGCUUUGAAUAUGCUGCUUCAUUCAUGGUAGUCAUCUUUGCUGCUGUUUCCCUUCUCUUUUCGCUCUAGAGACACAAGCGCACAAUGCAGACAAACUCCAUGAAGGACCUCAGCAUGGAUGCCCACAUCAGAGCCAUGAAAUCUGUCCUCUCCUUCUUAGUGAUGUACAGCAUCAACUUUCUAUGUUUGGUCUUAAAUAUGGUUUAUGUCACAAAGAAGGGAAAUCAUAUGACAUUUCUCAUUGUAGUAUUUCAGUACAUUUUUCCAGGUCUUCACUCCCUUAUUCUGAUCUUCAGCAAUCCUAAAUUAGAAAAGGCACUGCUAAAGAUUCUUCCCUUACAAAGAAGUGUAAAGUGCAAAGUUUGCAUGAGUUAG